CUCCGUGCGCGGGUGAUAGAUAACUCGCCGCUGAAAGGACAGGCACCAUCCACGUUCCGGAUUGCCGGGUUGUUGUUUCUCCCACGAAUCUUUUAUUUUUACCCGGUGACAGAGGGAUCCGGGACACAACUCCACGUUUUUUCCCAACCUCUAUCGGCUUUGGGUGCUUGACCCGUGCAAACCCUCAAAGUAAAAAAUGCCUCCCAUCGGGAACGACGCCGGGAAGAAUGACCUCAAAAUGCGAAUACAGCAGCUAAUCGAGUCCAACGCAGUGAUGGUUUUCAGUAAAAGCUCCUGUCCGUUUUGCGUCAGGGUGAAGGAUUUAUUCAAAGAGCUGAAAGUGGAGUGUAACGUGGUGGAGUUGGACCUCAUAGAGGAGGGCACAAACUACCAGGAGAUGCUGCUGGAGCUCACCGGACAGAAGACGGUCCCCAACGUUUUCAUCAACAAGAAGCACGUCGGCGGCUGCGACAAAACCAUGCAGGCUCACCGAGACGGCAGCCUGCAGCGGCUCCUGGGUGGACAGACGGAGGAAAACCAAGAAGACCAAACGUACGACUAUGACCUGAUCGUCAUUGGAGGAGGUUCAGGAGGUCUGGCAUGCUCCAAGGAAGCAGCCAACUUGGGGAAGAAAGUCAUGGUGUUGGAUUUUGUGGAGCCCACCCCAAAAGGAACCACCUGGGGUCUCGGAGGAACCUGCGUGAACGUGGGCUGCAUUCCCAAGAAGCUGAUGCACCAGACGGCGCUGCUGGGCACGGCCUUGCAGGACGCUCGCAAGUUCGGCUGGGAGUUUGACGAGAGCGUCAAACAUAACUGGGAGACGAUGAAGACGGCGGUGAACAACUACAUCGGAUCUCUGAACUGGGGUUACAGGGUGGCUCUGAAAGACAAGAACGUCAACUAUGUCAACGCCUACGCAGAGUUUGUGGAGCCGCACAAAAUCAAGGCGACAAACAAACGGAAGAAGGAGACGUUUUACACGGCGGCAAAGUUUGUCCUGGCGACGGGAGAGAGGCCGCGUUAUCUGGACAUCCCUGGAGACCGAGAGUACUGCAUCACCAGUGAUGACCUCUUCUCGUUGCCCUACUGUCCCGGGAAGACUCUGGUCAUCGGGGCUUCCUACGUGGCCCUGGAGUGCGGCGGCUUCCUGGCCGGCCUCGGGCUGGACGUCACCGUCAUGGUGCGCUCCAUUCUGCUGCGAGGAUUUGACCAGGACAUGGCCAACCGGGCCGGAGACCACAUGGAGGAGCAUGGCGUCAAGUUCAUCCGCAAAUUUGUUCCCGUGAAGAUCGAAGAGCUGGAGGCAGGGUCUCCUGGCAGACUGAAGGUGACGGCCAAAUCCACAGAAACAGACGAGAUCAUCGAGGGCGAGUACAACACUGUUCUGAUCGCCGUGGGGAGAAACGCCUGCACCGAGCGGAUCGGUCUGGACAAGGCGGGCGUCAGAGUGAACCCAAAGAAUGGAAAAAUUCCAGUGAACGAUGAAGAGCAGACCAACGUGCCUCACAUCUACGCCAUCGGAGACAUUCUGGAGGGUAAAUGGGAGCUGACGCCCGUAGCCAUCCAGGCAGGAAAGCUGCUGGCACGCCGCCUCUACGGGAAUUCAACGCUCAAAUGCGACUACAUCAACGUUCCCACCACGGUCUUCACCCCGAUGGAGUACGGCUCCUGUGGCCUGCCUGAGGAGAGAGCCGUGGAGCUGUACGGACUGGAGAACAUCGAGGUGUACCACUCUCUGUUCUGGCCUCUGGAAUUCACUGUUGCCAACAGAGACAACAACAAGUGCUACAGCAAGAUCAUCGUCAACAAGCUCGACAACGAGCGAGUUAUCGGGUUCCAUUACCUGGGCCCAAAUGCUGGGGAGGUAACUCAGGGCUUCGGCGCCGCCAUGAAGUGCGGCAUCACAAAGGAGCAGCUUGACGGCACCAUCGGCAUCCACCCGACCUGUGCCGAGAUCUUCACCACUCUGCAGGUGACGAAGAGCUCCGGUGGAGACAUCAAACAGGCCGGCUGCUGAGGUUAAACCCCGCUCGUUUAGCGAGCUGCUCCACCAAUAGACUCCCCCGAGCUCUCUGUCGGCCUUAAAGCCUCGCCUCGCUCCAACAUCCGAGUUCACAGAGCCGGCGUUUCUCAGGACUGACGAGGCCGGCCCCAAAGAUGCGAGAGACUCGGAGAGUUUGACAUGGGAGGGCAGCUUGCUGAACAGCGGGGUCACUCUGCUGAUCUGCGUGCCGGGCCUCAGCGGCGUGUUCUUUUCGGAGGAGCACCAGCACACCACCGUGUGUUUGUGCCGUUUGUGACGUCCUGCCUCGUAACCCGAAGCACCGAGGAGAGUCAGGACCGAUGUCCCUCUGAAGAAGCACCCGUUGGUGGCCCAGAUCCUUAAAUCCUCCAACGACCCCCACCCCAGCUAUAUCCCAACCCCUGCUUACACAGAGUGAAGGCUAGCUUCCGCACAAUAAGGUUUGGUUGGACACAUGGCGCUGAUGCUUCAUCAUGUCGUUUUAUAUGUUCAGCUGUCUCAGAAUUAUGAUCAUCUCUGUAUUUAUCUUUGCUGUUUUGGUCUGAAACAGUCAAUUUAACUCAUCAAUUGCAGCUUCUGUCCAUCUCUUCGUGUUGUAUAUAAGAAUAUUUAGAAUUCUGAAUACUAUCAGUGACUUUAAUCUGUCAGUUGUUUUGUUUUGUUUCAAAUCUCUGUACACUUUUAGUUGUUUUUUUUCCCUCUCAACAGUUAAUAAAGAAUUAAUUCAUC